AAAUGGAACAAAAAUAAGAAAAAAAAUAUGCGUCAAUCUAUGGAGUCACUGUAAAGGAAUGUGGUGUUUAAUUUGCUAAAAAAUAUAAAACUAAAAAAAUAUAACUAAGCAAAAAAAAAAUCAAGAAAAAACUUAAAGAAACGAAAAAAAAUAAAGCAAAGUCGAUGCCGCUGUAAUAAUUUUAUCGAUAUAGAAGAUUUAUUCAGUCGAUUCAGUUUAUGAAACAUGACUGCUACCAGUAAACAGAAGGUCACAUCAGCAUCCGGCGAUGCUCCUGCCGGGAAAAAGAAAGAUAACAAAGAAAAGGAAAAGGAGAAAGAUAAAAAAGAUACUAAAGAUAAAGAUAAGGAUAAAGACAAAGAUAAGGAGAAAGAUAAAGACAAGGAUAAAGAUAAGGAUCACCCCAAAGAUAAAGAUAACAAAGAUUCCAAAGAUAAAGAUAAAGAAGGAAAAGAUAAAGCCGAAGUUAAGGAUAGAGAGAAGCAAAAGUCCAAGGUUUUGAAGGAUGAGUCACCACCGACUCCUCCGGAGCCGGUAACGAUAUCAAAAACGACUUCCGAGGCUGGUAGAGAUGAAUCAGACUACAGGGCUAUGGUGAGAAAGGAACGCUUCAAGCGACGCUGGCCAGAGGUCACUAAAGUCUCAUUCAAGACUAAGCCCUGGCGUCCUCCACCACCACCACAACGGCCUCCUCCUGUGGUGAUAGAACUACCACAUCUAAAAACUCGCCAGUGGGUACCACCAUACACAAGGCCUCGGGAACCUAGGCCCAAGCUUCCUAGGAUCCCCCCUGAUCAGAUGACGCAGCCGUUACCUUCAGAACCAUCUAAGUUGAGGAAGAUUUGGCACAACUUCAGCCAAGUGGAUAAAAACAAGAUGAUUCUACAGGGCCAUGUCGGAUGUAACUCGAAGAAAUACUCUUCUACUCAUUGCGGAGCCCAAACCGGGUGCAUAGCUGUAGCCUGCCGGGCACUCCUCGAUGAGAAGGUACCAGCACAGUUUGUGAAAAAUGACGUGGAUGAGCUCAUUGAAACUGGAGACCGAUAUUAUAAGCAAUGUAUGAUUGGAAUGAAAUGUUAUAAAGGAAAACCUGCUCUCCAAUUGAACCAGCUGCUAACAUCCUUCUACUACCAUGAUACCAAGUAUACCGUCAAGUUAUUGGAGACGGACCAAGGUCUGCUCGCGAAGCACCCUGAUAAUAUACAGCCAGAACAGGACUUGAUGGCGUUAAUGGAAAAACGAGUAGGCACACCUUACAUGCUAAUCCUGACGGUUGGAGGUGAUCGUCACUUCCUGAUCUGGGGCCAUCCACCAGACCCUGAGACUGGGAGUCAGGCCAAGACUAUAUGCUACAUCUUCGACCCUCAUAUGUUGAAUGAAGAAGGACAGGUCGAUAAAUUGUCUGGAGCUGGCGCCUUCCUCAGAUUCGCUGGUGUCACAUCAUUUGUGUUGGACUUUUUGGCGAACUAUGGCGAUCUGGAUGCCGCUCAGAAAGGCACCCCGAAACCACCUAUCACGCUUACCAGUGUAGAGGUUGUCCAAAAAGAGCGUCUGAUCCGCGAGCCAGACUAUGCCUUAGAUCUGAAAGCGCUCAAGACUCACUGCCGUAGUGAAUGGGACAGCCUUAAUAUCAACGCUCUUAUUGACAAGAAGAGAGAGGGCCAGUAUCCCUUCGGUUCCCUCAGCGCCAUCAGUUUGGCGACUUCCAAAGCAACUCCUCGAAGAAAGAUGAGGGAUUUCUAUCAGAAGAUGCCUAAAGAGCCGAUCCCAGUCCCGCCAGUGCAGCCGGACAAAGCUCCCUUGAAUCCCACCAACGAGCAGAUCAUGACCCAGGGAGAGAACUUUUUCCUCUACUCGCCCAGGCUUGACGGACAUACUUUUGGCAGAGAUGACAUGAUCCCUCUACCGAAGUCUGAGACAGUCCUGCACAGCCCCGUGGAGAUAGCUGACCAGAACUACCACUCGCAGUACAAACAGCUUGAUGUGGAGAAGUGGAUCCUUAGGGGUACGAGGCAUAUGGCCAGUUACAGGUAUCAGAUCUUCAAGACCUACACAGCUAUUCCCUGCUGCGUGGCAGCGCUAGGCAUGCUCAGACGUUACCGAGCUCGCGCCUGGAACGAAGACAUGUUUGACGAAACCCUCGAUAUCGGAUACAAUCUGUUUCGGGAGUCAUUGGUAGAACGCGGCGGACCUAUCAGACGACUGGUUCUCGGUGAAUUGAAGGACACUUUUAAGAUACGUGACCGAGAAUAUAAGCAUAAGGUGCGAGGCAUCGCAGUAUGGGGCAAGUUAAUAUCGAACAACCCCAAAGUGUUCGAUGUGUGCAGGGGGCUCGAACAUUUCUUCAAGGAGUCUGACUCUGGGAUAUUGCAAGUUCCCGGUGAAUACGAGGUGGCGAUUUGGUAUGAGGGUGGCAAGUAUUAUCUGUAUCAUCCCUGGCCCGCUGACAGAUAUGGAAAUAGGGUUGGUCUCCAAGACGGAGGCAAAGGCUGCGUGAUGUACUUCCCCCGAGUCUCCCGUCUUUGCGAGUACUUCUUAGACAACGUGUCCAACAUGAAGAGGAAGCCUUUCAGCAUAUCUGAUGUGGCUGUGUGGCAGCAGAGCGUUGACAUGCCUGAGCCUGUUAAUAAGAUGAAACCGGUAGCCCCAGGCCGUUGGAUAGUUCGCGGCAGUUUCCACGAGGCUGAUGCCAGGUUUCCCGAAGAGCACAGAGGACGACAAGCAACUCCUGUGUCUAUUGCUGCUCUGGCUAUGACGCAGAUUGUGGAUCCUGCUGAUUGGACCUCGGAUGAUAUUGAUGAGACCCUAGUCCGCGGAGAUAUCCUCUACCAAAGCACGAUGGAGCACCUCGAACGCAUGGGCAUCGGCUUCGACACCCCCAAGAACUACGAGGAGGGGGGCGGCGAGGAAGAAGUGGGGGGUGGUGAACCUGGAGAAUCCGCUUCUGGUGGCACUUUGGCUGCUGCUGAUGUUCUUAAUAGAUUCAAAGUUUCGGAGUAUGACUGUAUUGAAACUGAUGUCAUGGAUAGCGCUUUCACUGGAUCCCUGAACCCUGAAUCCGGAGGUGCCCCGAACCUCACGACAGUUCUGAAGCAGUUCUUCAAAGAACAUACCCAUGGGGUGUUCACGGCGCGAGGAGGGUCGACGGCUAUAUGGAAACAUGAUGGCCACUUCUACUUCUUCGAUCCUCAUGGAUGUGAUGAGAAUGGUCUACCAUCUGACGAGCCGCGGUCCACAGCUUGUCUAGUCCGUAUAAAGGGUAAAGUGGAUGAACUCGCCGAUGUCUUACUAAGCAACCUCGCCCCUGGCAGUGAUGACAGCUUCAAUAUCUCGCCAGUGGCUAUCACGGCUACUAAGCUAAAUGCUGAGAUUGGCGCUCCGGAGACUAAGUUGGAGAGUAAAGCUUACGAAUGGAUCAACAAGGGCACAGCCGCCAUCAUGAUGGGGCCGAGAGGGGAGAACUCCGCUAUCGGCAAGGCAGCUGAAAAAGCUGGUAUCAAUGCGGAUGACAUGGCAGGACGAACCAUAGGUCUACCAGCAGCCGCUGCGUUUGCAGCCGCUACAGAAUCCGUUCCACCCCCACAUAUGCAUCAAGAUCAUAUGUUUAACUUCCUCGAGGCCGGUGCUGAAUACUAUCUGAACCACUUGAAGAAGACUGGUCGUAAAGAGAUCACCCCUGAAGAUCUCACGGAGAAGUUUGAGAUGGGCGCUAAUACCUUCCACAUUGAGCUCGGAGAAGCCAUCAAGCUGCCUCUUAGGUUACCUGAUGAAGAACCUGGGGAAGGUGAAGGCGGAGGCGGAGGCAAAGAAGGCCUAGGCGAAGGCGAAGAAGAGGAGAAAGUUGAACUGAAACACAUGAAAGACCUGCUCUUCAAAAUGUGGUACGACACCACGAAACCCACGACCAUCUCUCUGCUGCUUGGAGACUACCACCAGCUCGGGGUGUGGAUGGCAGCCGGCGGUAAGGUGGUGGCCUUCGAUCCUGCUCCCACCAUGACCAAGGGGCUUCUUACAUCGCAGAGGAUUAAGAAGGGUGACGAGCUCCGUCUUCAGCGUCUCGCUGAUGAGAUGACCGGUGAAGGUGCUGGUGAACCAGGCGAGGAAGAUGAUGAGGAAGCCGGCGGAGAGGGCGAAGAGAAACCGGAGCCUGAACAAGAAGAAGUCCCACUGGAAUCGUGUCCGGUUCUCAUAGUGGCCGCGAGUCCCGGAGAGUUUAUUGACAAACUUACUCGUCAAGGCGGUCUGGACGGCAAGCAAUGCUUGGCCCCCUACAAGUUAUACCCCGUCAAGGUCAUCAACGAGCUGACCUCAAUGCUCAAGGAGAAACGCGGAGGACCCGCCAAGGAUCGCGUCGAUGAGGGUGAAGAAGGUGGCCCCGCUCCUCCGACGGCAGAAGAACUAGUGCCCGCAUUAGACGAUGCCGCCAUGGGCAAAUACAUGGAUCGUCUGACUCGUUCCACUGCGUCCGUGAGGGCGAGACUCGCUCAGAACGAGAAUUACUUCAUGGAUCAGCCUAAUAGGGAUAAUCAGGACGCAGCGAACGCAGUAAUGGGCAUAGUAGUAGAACACAUAGAGCCCUACCAGUUCUGGAAGCCGGAGCUACUGGACGCGGUGCUCAAGUAUGGAGACAGACUCUACACCAUGUCGCUGGGUAACGCCAAGAAUCCGCCCAAGCUCAAGCCGAAGGAGAUGGUGCCGGAAUUCCAUGUUACUAACUUUAGUGUGAAACUAGAAGUGGAGCCAGAUGUAAUCGGAGGCGACACGAAGGCAGGGGAGAACGGCAGCGUCAACAGUCUCAAGAAAGCCAUCACCAGCUUCUUUAGCAAUAACAAAUAUGGCGUCCUCUGCGCCAAAGGCUAUUGCGUGGCAAUCUGGAAAGGCGUAGACGACAAGUCAUACGUGAUGCUAGAGCCUCACGCAGUGGGACCAGCCGGCAAGGCAUCCCCAGCCGGGGCUGCGGCCCUGGUCAUCUUCUCCAACAUCGAGGAGUUGGCAGACACUUUCAGAGCCAACGUGGAAAACACUAUGAGGCCUGGUGAUAACAAGUUCUCAAUAUCAGCAGUGAAAGUAUUCUGGGAGUUCUCGAAGCUGAGUACUCCAGUCACUCCUCAGGGUACGGUGCCGGAUGAAGGGUACGAGUGGAAGGUGCUCACCGCCUUCGUGGAGACUGCUAGAGGAAGGACUAUAUUGAGGGGAACUAGACCACCUGAUUUGAUGAAGUUCACUCGCGACGCGCUACUCCAAUCAGCUUGCGCAGCGAUAGUAGGCGCCGCCAUGUCUCACGUGCGUCGUCCUCACCUCUGGACGCGACGCACCGUGGACGAGGUCAUGUCGGUCGCCUGCCAACUGUUCACUGCCUCGCUAGGCUCGCUGGGCUAUGAGUUCCGCCCUGGGGAAGAUGUGCUGUUGCCGUUGCAGGUGUUGAAACGCUUCGUGCUCGGCGUGAACUACGUGCGAUACGACUUGGAGGAAGUGUUCUCGGGCAAGCUCGAGCAGAAGGAACCCAGUCAGAUGACUGUCAGAUGUGCAUUAGAACGUUUCUUCGAAGCUCAUACUCACGGCAUUCUAUGGUCGGUACCCCAUGCGGUGUGUAUUUGGCGAGUGGCCGGAGCGCCCUCGUAUUAUAUGUUUGAGCCCCAUGCUUGUGGGCCUACUGGGCUAAGGGUUGAUGCUAUGGAUGAUGGUGCAGCCUGUGUGCUCACUUUUACAUCUCCGAAGCUAAUGGCAUUCGCGUACUUACAAAACGUACCAGUCCUAGAGCGACCGAAGCACGACUUCCAGUUAUACGCGAUGUCUAUAACUGUUCAGCCUAUCAAGAAGCUAGGAGGAGUCGAGCCUCCCAUUGUGAGGGCACCUCCAGGAGCACCUCCAGGAGUCAAACUUGUACCGGCUACUAGUAAGGUUGGCAUAGACGGUAGCAAGCGUCGAGCAAGCGAGAAGGAUCGCAAGCAUCCACCAGGGAGCGCCACCUGUCUCGACGCUCAGAGGGCUGCGGAAAAGGCGGAUAAGGAGCAAACCAAGCUUAAAGGACAACGUAACACGAGUGGGUGGUUGGUCCUGAGCGAUGGCACUCAGUUCAUGUCGGCACAACACUCCAUCGCUUGCAGGAAGUUCUCCCAUGCUUCUAGAGGGAACCAGGCGGUAGCCUGUGCCGUGAUGGCCGUAGCGAUGUCCCGAGUAGAAGACGUCUGCCGCUGGUGCACCACAACCCUUGACCAGAUCCUGGAGAGCGGAGACCAGCUGUACCAGGACAGCUACCUGCACUUCCAUCCGCCUACCAAGAUAUUGGCUAUGGAACAGAUUCUCCGUAAAUUCUACACUCCUGGGAACUGCGUGUGCCGCGUGGUCGUCUACAAGUCUAGACACAAGGGCGCUCUGGAUGUGGACCUGGUGCAGCAAAUUGGGGAGUUCUUCAGAGAGGAGAAGUCUGGCGUCUUCGUUACCGGCAAAGGGGACUUUGCUGUUGCACUGUUUAGGACUCCGCGAGGUUACUACAUGUUCGAUCCGGCUGAUAGAGACAGGUACGGCCGGGCCGUAGCCCCACCCUGCAUUGGCAGAGCAAGGGCUUGCUUCUCUCAAUAUCCUAACGUACAAUCAUUGGCUGAAAAAUUAGGACCCAAUAUUCCACCAACAUCUGAAGUGGAGCAUCUUGAAGAUACUCCGAGAAGAUCGAGCAAAUCACAACAACCGGAUACGGAUGAUGAAGAUAAAGAGGUGAAAUUCACGGAGCCCACAAGUUUCUCAAUAUACGGCAUGGAAGUCACCAGUUUGCGUAGACUGAAUCAGCAUGAACGAUAAAUCGGACCGACGCGACAUCGGACCGACGCGACAUCGGACCGACAACAUCGGAAGGAUAUUUUUCACAAUGCCGUAUUAAUAUCGGAAGGCAGUCGGACCGAUUUCCGAUCGAAGGAAUUUAGGUAACGUGUCAUUUUUUGUCCUUUUUCACACUGGUUCUUAAACUACGCAAAUUGGGCUUGCUCACAAUACGCCGUUUGGGGACUACGCCAAAGUAAAAAAUGGAAUACGCCUCUUUAAAAAUUGAGUUUUGUCAUCGUUUUAGAAUAUUGUCAACUGUGAUUUUUUAUAGUUUUAAUUUGUGGUUCUCGUUCUAUAAUAACUUGUUGUAGUUUAGAACGUGUGUGAAAGGGAUAGAGAGAACAAAUUUUGUGAGUGUACUGUUCUGGUCCCACCACAUUUCGUUGCAAUGCAUUUUUUUUAAAUAAAACGUUAUU